AUGCCGUUACCUGCAGUGCCUCCAGCAUUUUGGACAGCUAUUCAAGUAAUUUCCAUUGUUCUUCCUAUGGCCUCGAGUCUCAUCACCGACGAGAAGACCAGGCGAGCCGCAGCUGCUCAGGAAGCAGCAUCCGAAGCGACAAGGGUUGCCUCAGAAAGAACAGCACGAACGCAAGAAGCCCUCCACGAACAAAUAAAUACCAGCCACUGGCCUUCCACCCAUACAUUAGCGCCUCGAACGUUUGAAAUCCCUCAGAACGGAUUCAACGCAGGUCCAGAGUUUACUACCGUAUUUGCAGCGAGCAUCUUUGUGGGUGCUGCUCUCGCGGUGAGAACAGGGAAUGAGUUGAAGGGUAUGGGUCUUCGUUUAGGGGAAAUUGGUGACGAGCUCGGAGCUCAGACAACGGCCAAAAUGCAAGGAUGGGAGACUAAAGGGUUCGGCGCCUUUAUUUACUGGUUCCUAGAGAACGAAAUUCACGAUCACGGUGGGGAAGCGUCAGUUGGUCACCACGCAUUUUACGUUUAUAACCCAACCACAAGCGCCAACGUUGUGUUCAAGAAGAUGGUACGGGAGAAGCCAUUGCCUGCGUCCUUUGGUGGCUUCAGCUCUGAUAUAGAGGGGUUAUUCCAUUUAAUGUGGGAGAAUCGACAAUCUCUAUACCAGAAGGUCGGAAGAGUGGAUGCAGAAAAAGUGCAGUUUCAUCUUCUUGUUCCUGCAAAAAGAGCCUUUAUCAUUUCGGACCUUAUGGCAAUUGAUGACGGAAUUGGCAGACUUAUUAUCAAAGGCCAUGCGGAGGAAGGCAUUCCAUAUACAUGGUUCAAUUUUGUGUGCAUGCCACGGCAAGUUGUUCUACAAGAUGUUGGAAACCUGGCCAGGGAGCAAACCGAGAAUGAAUUCUCCAAUGACCUUGCACAUAGUUGCUUAUCUGGAGAUGCUCUGGCUGCGUUGAUGUUACCAUCUUGGGCAAAUCAGUUGAGAAUCGCGAUAAACACACAACUGGGGAAACGAUACGUAUCACCACGGAUUCUUGGUCCGUCUAGAAAGCAAAUGAACCAACCUUGA